AGUUGGUUUUGGCUAAUUCGUAGCGGGUCUAACGUCUGUUAAAUAAACUGACAGAGGAGUAGAAGUUGUUGGACCGGUCCGGGUCCCGUUUACAAGUAGAGUCAAGCUAGCAAAGCUAACCACGGGGCUGCUACUGGUUAGCAUGCUGUGCUGCCGUUGUGUUUUUUAACUCAGCGUUAGCUAGUUACCAGUAAUGGUGGUAAUUAGCCCUGCGGAGCUGGUGUGAGGAAGUAAUGGAGUAAGGGUAAUUAGUAAAAGGCACUUAGAACACAGUGCAUUGAAUUUCCAGCAAGGUCUCAUUAAAGAAGAAACAGCUUACACAAAGCUGAUAUAAGGUCUAAUAAUUGAGGAAGAGGCUCCAUAAAGCUGUAAACUGAAGAAGGCACUUAAACUGAGCCGACCAAGGAGAUGUGUCACAGUCCGCUCGUGUCCAGCCUGCUGCCGUCAUCAUUCAGGAGCUCAUCGCAGCUGUCCAGCAGCCACGGGCCGGGCUUUGCUAAGCUGAACCGGAGAGAAGGUGCUGGAGGUUGGGCUCCUCUGAGCUCAGACAGGUAUCAGUGGUUGGAGGUCGACCUGGGUGGACGGACUCAAAUCACUGCGGUUGCUACGCAAGGCCGCUAUGGGAGCUCUGACUGGCUGACGACUUACCUGCUCAUGUUCAGUGACACAGGACACAACUGGAAACAGUAUCAGCAAGAAGACCGUAUAGCAGCCUUUCCAGGUAACAGUAAUGCAGACAGCGUGGUCCAGCAUAAGCUCCAACAUCCAGUGAUCGCUCGGUACGUGCGCUUUAUCCCUCUGGACUGGAAUCCCAGUGGACGGAUUGGGCUCAGGCUGGAGACCUAUGGAUGCCCUUACAAUUCUGACACGGUGAGUUUCGAUGGCCACAGCAGUCUUCUCUGCAGGUUAAGACCCAAGCAGGUGGCCAGUGAAAACAUCUCUUUAAAAUUUAAAACCCUGAGGAACUCUGGGAUACUGAUUCAUGCAGAAGGGGGGAGCGAGCACAGCCUUACCCUGGAAUUGGAAAAAGGAAAACUUCUCCUGCUCCUCCGAAAAGGUAGGAGUUUGUCACCUGAAAGUCGAUAUCCUGUGUAUUUGGGCAGCCUGUUGGACGACCAACACUGGCACCAUGUCACUGUGGAGCGUCACAGCAACCACCUCAAUCUCACUGUGGACCACAGCACAAUGUGGGUGCAGGUCCCGUCGCAAUUCACGCACUGGGAUCACGACCAGCUGAGUGUGGGAGCAGGUCGUAGCCUCGGCUCUAUGAGGUCAGACGGGUUAAACAGAAAUUUCCAUGGCUGUUUGGAAAACCUUGUUUACAACGGACUGAAUCUGGUGGACCUCGCCAAGCAGAAAGACCAGCGGGUCACUGUGAAGGGCAAUGUGACCUUUAUCUGUGCUGAACCUGUUUUUGUUGCAAUGACGUUCAUCAGCCCCCAAAGUUUCCUCUGGCUGCCGGGUGUAACACAACCUUCACCUUCAGGCCUGUCGGUGGGGCUUCAGUUCCGGACAUGGAUCAAGGAGGGGCUGCUGCUGACCUUUGAACUCCCAAACCAGGGAGGUGUCCUCUGGCUGUAUCUGAGCAAAGCCAGGCUGCACCUACAGAUCCACAAGUCUGGCAGAGCAGUGGUAGAGCUUAGCACAGGUUCAGCUCUGAACGACGCUCAGUGGCACUCUGUGGACUUGUCCUCCAGACGAGGACAUCUGACUAUUGCUGUAGAUGGAGAAGGAGCCACUGCUCACCCCAAUCUGUUCCCUAUUACCACAGGAGAUAAAGUUUUCUUUGGUGGUUGUCCCACCGAAGGCAGCAGCCAGAAAUGCGUGAACCCGUUCGGCGCGUUCCAAGGCUGCAUGCGUCUGCUCACUGUGGACAAGCAGCACGUAGACCUGAUCAUGGUGCAGCAGAGGCAGCUGGGAAACUACAGUCACCUGCAGGUUGACAUGUGUGGCAUCAUCGACAGGUGCUCUCCCAGCCACUGUGAGCAUGGAGGCAGCUGCAGUCAGUCGUGGAGCACCUUCCACUGUAACUGCUCGGGCACUGGCUACGGUGGAGCCACCUGUCACAGCUCGAUAUAUGAGCAGUCUUGUGAGGCCUAUAAACACAAAGGCAACACAUCAGGGUAUUAUUACACUGAUGUGGAUGGCAGCGGACCCAUCAGACCGCAGCUAAUCUACUGCAACAUGACAGAGGACAAGACUUGGACAGUGAUCCAGCACAACAACACAGAGCUGACCAAUGUUCAGAUACUGCCAGGAAAGAAUCAGCAUUCAGCUCACUUUGAAUACACCGCUGCAGAGGAGCAGCUCACGGCCAUCAUCAGCCAGUCAGAGCACUGCGAACAGGAGCUGACCUACCGCUGCAGGAGGUCACGUCUUUUCUAUGCAGCAGAUGGCUCUCCGUUCAUCUGGUGGGUUGGAGGCCCAGGUGUGGGCCAGGUGCAGACUUCCUGGGCCGGGGCUCCACCAGGCAGCCUGCAGUGCGCCUGCAGCCUGCAGGAGGGCUGCUUGGACCACAAACGUCACUGCAACUGUGACGCUGACCGCACCGAGUGGACUAAUGACUCAGGUCUGGUGACCCAUAAGCAGACCUUACCUGUUAGAUCUGUGGUGCUGGGUGAUGUCCACAGGCCCGGCUCAGAAAGUGCCUACAGGGUAGGACCUCUCCGUUGCCAUGGAGACAAAAAUGUCUGGAAUGCUGCGUUUUUUGACAAGGAGACGUCGUACCUCCACUUUCCAACAUUCCACGGAGAGCUGAGUGCAGACAUAUCCUUCCUCUUCAAAACAACCUCAUCCUCUGGUGUCUUCCUGGAAAACCUGGGCAUCAAAGACUUCAUUCGGAUCGAACUCAGCUCUUCUACUGAGGUUCUCUUCUCCCUUGAUGUGGGUAACGGUCCGCUGGACGUCCGUGUAACAGCUGACUUCCCCCUGAAUGACAACAGGUGGCAUCACGUUCGAGCCGAGCGGAACGUUAAAGAGGCGUCGCUUCGCCUGGACGAGCUGCCGUCUGCCACGCUGCAGGCUCCUGCCGACGGGCACAUCCACCUGCAGCUCAACAGCCAGUUGUUUAUAGGAGGCACAGCUUCUAGGCAGAAGGGCUUCCGCGGCUGUAUUCGUUCCUUGCAGUUGAACGGCAUCACCCUGGACCUGGAGGAAAGAGCUAAGAUUACCCCUGGGGUCCAGGCAGGUUGUCCAGGCCACUGCAGCAGCUACGGCUCCCUGUGCCAGAAUCAGGGACGCUGCGUCGAGAGAUCCAACAGCUUCUUCUGUGACUGUGGGUCUUCUGCUUACACUGGAGCCUUCUGCGACAGAGAGGUUUCAGUCAGCUUUAAGCCAGAAACAUCCGUCAGCUACAACUUCAACGAACCGAUGGCAAAUGAGCUCAACGGCAGCAGCAGCAGUUCACUGUCGUCAUCCAGAAACUCUGACAUGACUCUGAGAGCAGAAAAUGUCUCCCUGAGCUUCAGGACCGGCCAAAGCCCCAGUCUGCUCCUAUACGUCGGCUCGUCCAGCCAGGAGUACCUGGCUGUGCUCCUCAACAGGCACGUUUGUCGUCCGCUGCCGCCCUCCUCUGUGUUUAAUCAACCUGCCAUGAGUUCAGGGGGAAGAAUGGAAGACGGGGCCAUUUACAACACGCUGGAGGUGAGGUACAGACUGGAGGGCAGCAAAGAGACAGAGGUCCUGAGGAGCAAAGUGAAAAACCUGGCCGACAGACAGCUGCACGCCGUUACCGUCCGCAGGCUGGCAGACGCCGUCUCUGUCCAGAUUGACCAGAAACCCAAGGAGAACUUCACCCUCACAUCUGAUGCAGAGUUCAAUGCCAUCAGGUCGCUGGUUCUGGGCAGAAUGCACAACGCCGGUGAUGUUGAUCCAGAGCUGGCUCGCGUCGCCUCUCUGGGUUUCACAGGCUGCCUGUCUGCUGUCGUCUUUAACUCCGUGAGCCCGCUGAAAGCUGCUCUUCUCCACCCGGACACCAGCCCCGUCACUGUUAACGGGCCGCUGGUGCGCUCGGUUUGCGGCUCCACCACCCUGAACCCUCACGCAGCAGAAGCAACGCACCAUCUAUCAGGUCACUCUGGAUCAGUGGGAACAGGUCAGCCUUUAGUCAAUAACAUCAGGAGUGACUCAGCUUUAAUUGGAGGUGUGAUAGCGCUGGUGAUCUUUGUGACGGCGUCUGCUUCGGCCGUCGUGGGCCGAAUCCUCUACAGCAGGAAAGGGACGUGUCAGAGCCAGGACAUAAAGGCUGAGGACGGCUCUGAGCGGCCGUUCAGCAGCCGGGCGGACAGCUCACGCUACGGUGUGAGCGAGAAGCAGAAGGAGUUUUUUAUUUAGGAGGUUUGAUCUUCUGACCCCGCGGCGUUUGCAGGUGGACAGAGCACUUCACGCUGUAAACCAACUCUUUUGUUCUUCUGUGGUUGUAUUUUUGUACAGACUGAAUAUGGAUCCAGGAGAGUGUUGAAUUUAUAAUGUCUCAACACUGUCAGUGAAACUACUGUAAAUAUAAUGAUGUCCAUCAUCAACCUGUAACUUUAUAUAAGUCAGAUCUUUUUCUUGUGCUGCUGCGUUUAAAGAUACUGACAAAAACUGAAGACUCCCUAACAUCCCUGACGAAUGCUGUUUGGACUAAGGGAGGCUGAAAUGUGAAACUCAACCUGUCUGAUAUUAAAUUUCUUUUUACCAUAAUUACCUGCACUUCUCCAGUCUGAAGCUAAAACUGUUGCUUUUAUCAUUAUUCCUGUAAACAUUUAUUUAUCUUCUCAUUGCAAACAGGUCAGACCAAUAAACAAACUGUAUGACAUCAAACCCAGUAGUGAUGGAUGGAUGCUCUUCCUGCAGCCCAUGACUCCAACACCAUUCUGUUGUGUGACAAUUAAACCACAUGUCCAUGUUA